AGGCAUAGGCUACACCACCCUCCACACCCAAUUUGUUUUUAUCUAAAUAUCCCUUCCUUAAACCCAAAAAUCUAGUUGACAAAUCCUACGCACUUAAAUAAAAUAGUGACUAGCUUAUAUUCAAGUUCGUGCAAAUCUACAGGACUGCAAAUUUCGCUGUGUAAAGCGUAAGAAAUAAAACCGGCUAAACAAGAUGUGGAAAGCAGCCACGGACGUGGCCGCGCCGGCUCCGGCGGAGGCUGAUGACUGGGACACGGACCCCGACUUCAUAAACGACGUCACGGAGCACGAGCAGCGCUGGGGGCCCGGCGGCAGAAACGUAGAGGCUAUAGAUAUGGCGAAACUCCGUGAGGAGGUGCUGGAGGCGGACACACUGUCCAAGAAGAAACAAUACGAGCAAGGGCCCAAGUCUUCGUAUGGUUACGGGGGUAAAUUCGGCGUGCAGGCCGAUCGAAUGGACAAGUCGGCCGUCGGCCACGACUAUAUUGGCCAAGUCGAGAAACAUGUCUCUCAAAAGGACUACGCUCAAGGGUUUGGAGGUAAAUUCGGCGUUCAAACCGACCGAAUGGACGCCAGCGCGGUGGGGCACGAUUACAUCGGCAAAGUGGAGAAACACGAGUCGCAGAAGGACUACUCGCAGGGCUUCGGGGGCAAGUUCGGCGUGCAGACCGACCGCGUUGAUAAGAGCGCGGCCGGCUGGGAGCACCGCGAGCAGAUCGAGAAGCACUCGUCCCAGAAAGACUACUCGCACGGGUUCGGGGGCAAGUUCGGCGUGCAGGCGGACCGGCAGGACGCCGCCGCCCUCGGCUGGGAGCACCGCGAGCAGGUCGCCCCGCACGACUCACAGAAAGAUUACUCGCGCGGGUUCGGGGGUAAAUUCGGCGUGCAGACGGACCGGCAGGACGCGUCGGCGGUGGGCUGGGACCACCACGAGAAGGCGCCAGCGCACGCCAGCCAGCUCGACCACAAGAAGGGUUUCGGUGGUAAGUUUGGUGUGGAGACUGACCGCGUGGACAAGUCCGCCCAUCGCUUCGACGAGGUCGGCAGCGUGGGCACCAACUACACCAAACAGAAGCCGGACAUCGGCGGCGCCAAGCCCGGCUCCAUUAGGGCCAAAUUUGAGAACAUGGCCAAGGAGAAAGAACAGGAAGCAUUGCAGUCGGUGCAGAAAAUACGUCAACAGAGGUUACAAAUGGACAAGGAUUUAUCGCAAAAGGAAAAAGACCGGUCAGAGAAAGAAGAACGCGAAGCUCCCGUCAAACAAUCAGAGCCAGUCAGGCAACCGGACCCGGUCAGACAAGCGGAACCGGUCAGACAAGCGGAACCGGCCAGGCAACCGGAACCGGUCAGACAAACGGAACCGGUAAAACAACCGGAACGGGAACCGACACCGGAGCCGGUUGAGCAGAAGGUUAACCUUCCGGAUGUUACGCUGGUCCAGCCUAAAGAGAAAGAAGAGAUGGCUCGGCAGCCCACAAUAGUGAUGUCUCCUGUGGGGUGGGAGGGCUGCGAGGGCGGGGAGGCGGAGGAGGAGGACGAGGAGGGGUACACGGCGCGCGCGCUCUACGACUACCAGGCCGCCGCGCCCGACGAGAUCAGCUUCGACCCCGACGACAUCAUCACCAACAUCGUCAUGAUCGACGAAGGCUGGUGGCAGGGCAUGUGUAAAGGCGCGUACGGACUGUUCCCCGCCAACUACGUCCAGCUGCAGGACAAGUGAGGUGUGUACAUUCCUUUACCAAUAUAUUUAU